AUGUCCGCCAACGGCGCAAACGGACCCGGAGAUGUGCUGCAGAUCCCGCUGGGCCUCAUCAACUGCAGCGGCAAGUAUCUGACCGCGGAGGCGUUCGGCUUCAAAAUCAAUGCGUCCGCCAGCAGCCUGAAGAAGAAGCAGACGUGGACCCUGGAGCAGACCGGGGAGGACGGCAGCGCCGUGUUCCUCCGCUCCCACCUGGGCCGCUACCUCGCCGCGGACAAGGACGGCAACGUCACCGCGGACAGCGAGACGCGCGGCGGCGGCGACUGCCGCUUCGUCAUCGCCGCGCACGGCGACGGCCAGUGGUCGCUGAUGUCCGAACCCUACGGACGCUACCUGGGCGGCAGCGAAGACCGCAUCACCUGCUUCGCGCAGACGGCCGCGCCGGCGGAGAAAUGGAGCGUACACCUGGCCGUGCACCCUCAGGUCAACCUGUACAGCCUGACGCGCAAACGCUUCGCGCACCUGAGCGCCGGCGACGAGCGGCGGGCGGCGGAGGUGGCCAUCGACCGCGACGUGCCGUGGGGCGUCGACUCGCUCAUCACGCUGGUGUACCGCGACCGGCGCUACCACCUGGAGACCUCCGACAACCGGUUCCUCCGCAGCGACGGCACUCUGGUUGACGAAACAGACAAAGACACCGGCUACACGCUGGAGUUCCGCUCCGGCAUGGUGGCCUUCCGGGACUGCGACGGCCGCUACCUGGCGCCGGCGGGUCCCACCGGAGCGAUGCGGUGCGGUAGGGGCACUCGCCUCGGCAAGGACGAGCUGUUCGGGCUGGAGCGCAGCCACGCGCAGGUCGUUGUGACGGCGGGCAACGAGAGGAACGUGUCCACCAGGCAAGGUAUGGACUUGUCAGCCAACCAGGAUGAGGAGGGGGACCAGGAAGUCUUCCAGCUGGAGAUGAGUCGAGAGGACAGGAAAUGUGCCUUCCGAACUGCCACUGGAAAAUACUGGACUCUGACAGCCACUGGAGGCCUGCAGUGCACCGCCUCCUCCAAGUCUGCCAACAGUUAUUUUGAACUUGAAUGGCGUGAUGGCCGUGUGUGUGUGCGUGCAGCUAAUGGGAAGUAUGUGACUGCCAAGAAGAACGGACAGCUCACUGCUGCUGUUGAAAAUGCCGGGGAAGCAGAGCUGUUCCUGAUGAAGCUGAUCAACCGUCCAAUCAUUGUCCUUCGUGGAGAGCACGGUUUCAUUGGCUGUCGUAAGGCUGGCAUAGCAACCCUGGACUCCAAUCGUGCUUCAUAUGAUGUCUUUCAGCUCGAGUUCAACAAUGGUGCUUACUGCCUGAAAGAUGCCCAGGGGAAGUACUGGUGUGUCGGUGAGGACACAGCAGUGUUGUGUAGCAGCACCUCACCUGUCCAGUUCAUGUUUGAGUUCUGUGAUCUCAACAAGAUGGCGAUACGUGCACCAGGAGGGAAAUACCUAAAAGGGGACCAUGCCGGGGGGCUAAAGGCCAACGCCGACUCUCUGGACAACGCCACUCUGUGGGAGUACUGAGGGAGCACAGCCUGACUUCACUACCAUGUAACACAAUUGCUUCAAACUCAGUAGAUUAGUCAGUUUUUUCUUUUUUGUUUUUCUUUUUGCAUGUGCAUUGGUGUGUGUGUGCGCGUACACGUGUUUGGAUAGUUGUCUGAGUGUGCUUGUGUGUGAGGUGGAGAUGAGAGCUGCUAAACUGGAAAUCAUGGCACCGAUGUUCUUCUCACAGUAGAAAAUAUCUCUUUGAGUGAACAUUUCAAACUGGAAACUUUGAUUAACAGCUUCUCAUAUUAAGAUGGUGAAAGAAGAAAUGGAUGAAUGAAUAACCAUAAUGUUUGGAAACACCUUAUCUGCUUUACCCUGCCAGUCCCAUUGAGGCAAGUUGUUCCCGAUGAUAACGGCUUAAUUACUCGAUGGACUCAGUUUGAAACUCACCUUGUCUAUGGCGGCUACCAGAGUAAAAGAACGGUGAAUUCUACUACUUCUAAUUUACAGUAUCUAACUUUUCUUCCAGCUUAGUGUGGUGAAAGUGGAGCAUUUCUGAUCUCAUUUUGCUGUGUUAAAUUUCAAUCAUUUCCUGUUCUCAGACUUACUGCAUUAAAGCACAUUGAUAAAUACGAAUGACGCUGCUGACUGACACGUAUGUGCUGUAAAUAAUGCCUUCUUCGAACGUGACCGCUUCACAGACACAGCAACCAUGGAAUCAUCAACUGUAAGCGUGCCAACACUUUCAGAAAUGAAGCGGUUGGGGCUUGCAGACAGACGAGGGGCAGAAAUCCAACAUGGAUUGCCCCGCCGCACCCCAUCACACAACCCUGCUCACUUUCUCUGGUUGGUCUAGUCAGACAAAAUGAAGCCCAGCUCAAAAGCUCCAGUAUUAAGUAAGCUGCUAGACUUUUUCUGAUUCUUCAAAUGAAUGUAAUCCUUGCCAAUGUGUUUUCAAAGGGGGAAUUAGGGACAAGGCAUAUAAGCAAAGCCUUGAGAUUCUCAUUUAGACUGAUUGUGCAUUAAAACACAUGUAAUUGUGCACCCACACAUUUUAGUCAGUGUGUAAAAAAUAAGUGACCCGAAAUUUACAUGCUGGCGUGGUGGA